AUGUCCACCCCUACUUUGGGGGGUCCUUCCAAUGGACAUUUGUCGCCAAGCGAUGGAAUUAGCAUGUCGUUCGAUACAGGAGACCAAGUAACAGAUAGCGACUCUCACGAUGUCCCCGAUCACACUUUCGAUCAACCAUCACCGGCAUCCUCAGAUGAUGCGAACCACGACUCCCACAUAGCUCAGGACGAUACACACCAAUCGGCGAGCGAGCAGUCCAGCGAUGACAAUGCGUCUGACGACGGAGACUUCGAUAUGGAAGAAAGCCUCCCAUCUCAGAACGAGGACGCGGCAGAAGACCACGCCAGUUCUACCGACUCAAAUCAAACCUCUAAGCGCAAGGCUCCCGUCGAGGAGGACGAGUUCAUCAAGGCCAAUCCAGAGCUAUAUGGAUUGAGAAGAAGUACGCGACCUCGCGAACAACGAAAAAUUGUUGAGUCUGAUGACUCUGACUCAGAACCCCCUGUCAAUCGUCGUUCAGUAAAACGACGACGCGUGGAAACGUCCCGUCCUUUGUCUAACAUGACCGUCUCAGCUUCAAAGAUUGGUACUCCGACGUUACGCGCCUCGACCGCCGACUCCGACUCCGAUUCAGACAACUAUGGUGGCGCUCGUGCAAAGACUCUUCAGAAGAAGGCUCGAAUGCAACGUGAAGCACAGCCAGGACUUGUCUUUGCUGAAAAGCGUUGGUCGAGUCGUCGCGCUGCACAGGUACAGCAAGGUGCCUACGAAGAAAGCGAUGUCGAUGAAGAAGACGAAGACGAAGAUGAAUUGGCUCUUGCUUCUUACAACGUCGACUAUGUUGACGACUCGCCAUACGUCGAAAAAGUAGUCCGACAUCGGCUCAAAGACGGUCUGGAAUUAUCAUACGAUGCUAAUAAGAACGACUUCGAGUACUACAUCAAAUGGCAGAACAAGUCACACUUGCACGAUACAUGGGAAAACUUUGAUGACAUUCGAGGUUACCGUGGCUUUCGCAGAGUUGAAAACUACUUUAAGAAACUUGUCAACUAUGAGCUGGACAUCCGUUUUGGCACCGACGUUCCUCCCGAAACCAAGGAGCAGUUCUUCCUCGAUCGCGAGCGAGACGAGGAGGCCUUCGAGGACUACACAAAGGUGGAGCGAGUCGUAGCUGUACGAGAUGGCGACGAUAGCCCUGAGUACCUCGUCAAGUGGAAGGGUCUCACCUACGAGGAAUGUACGUGGGAGCUCGCGUCAGACAUCAGCGACGCGUUUCAAGACCAGAUUGAUCAGUAUCUCGACCGAGCGUCCCGUUCGUGGCAGUCAGACCGAAAAGAGACAAACCUCGACACGCGAUCACGGAUGGUGAAGCUCGAGGAGCAACCCGAAUUCAUAAAGAAUGGCGAGCUUCGAAACUUCCAGCUUAGAGGCCUCAACUUCCUCUGCCUGAAUUGGACCAAAGGUAACAACGUGAUCCUUGCCGAUGAAAUGGGUCUCGGAAAAACAGUCCAAACUGUAUCUUUUCUCAGCUGGCUUCGCAACGCUCGCCAGCAGGAGGGACCAUCUCUUGUGGUUGCUCCCCUUAGUGUCAUCCCUGCUUGGUGCGACACCUUCAACCAUUGGUCUCCCGAUCUCAACUACGUUGUCUAUCUGGGACCUGAGGAUGCCCGCAACAUCAUUCGUGAACACGAAUUACUCGUUGAUGGUAACCCCAAGAAGCCCAAGUUCAACAUUCUGGUCACUUCAUAUGAGUUCAUUCUCCAGGACUGGCAGUUCCUACAGUCCAUUAAGUGGCAAACUCUCGCUGUUGAUGAGGCCCACCGUCUCAAGAACCGUGAAUCGCAGCUAUACAACCGCCUUGUGAGCUUUGGUAUUCCCUGCAAGGUGCUGAUCACAGGAACACCUAUCCAGAACAAUCUGGCUGAGUUGUCUGCUCUCCUUGACUUCCUAAACCCUGGCAAGGUUGAUAUUGAUGAAGACCUGGAUUCUCUUUCAGCCCACGACGCGCAGGAGAAACUCCAACUACUUCACAAAUCUAUUGCCCCAUACAUUCUCCGAAGAACCAAAGAGACUGUCGAAUCAGACUUGCCACCGAAAACAGAAAAGAUCAUUCGUGUUGAGCUUUCGGAUGUUCAGUUGGACUACUACAAGAACAUCCUGACCCGCAACUACACGGCUCUCUGCGAUGCAACCAAUGGGCACAAGAACUCGCUCCUCAAUAUCAUGAUGGAGUUGAAAAAGAUCAGUAACCAUCCUUAUAUGUUCCCAGGAGCUGAGGAGAAGGUUCUGGCCGGCAGUGUGCGUCGCGAAGACCAGAUCAAGGGUUUGAUUACAAGCAGUGGAAAGAUGAUGUUGUUGGAUCAGCUUCUAUCAAAGCUGAAAAAGGAUGGUCAUCGAGUUCUGAUCUUCAGUCAAAUGGUGAAGAUGCUCGACAUCCUUGGCGAUUACUGCUCCUUGCGAGGUUACAAGUUCCAGCGACUAGACGGUACUAUUGCAGCUGGUCCCAGACGUAUGGCCAUCAAUCAUUUCAAUGCUGACGACAGCGACGACUUCUGUUUCUUGCUUUCUACUCGAGCAGGUGGUCUAGGUAUCAACCUGAUGACUGCGGACACUGUCGUCAUCUUUGAUUCCGAUUGGAACCCGCAAGCUGACUUGCAGGCUAUGGCUCGUGCGCAUCGUAUCGGCCAGAAGCGACCUGUCAACAUUUACCGUCUGGUAUCCAAGGAGACUGUUGAGGAGGAGGUCCUUGAGCGAGCUCGCAACAAGCUUCUGCUUGAGUAUCUUACCAUCCAGGCUGGUGUAACCGACGAUGGUAAGGCGGCAUUUAAGGAAGAACUGAACAAGAAAGGCCUUAGAGUUGAGGGCCCCUCCUCAUCUGAGGAUAUUCAGAUGGUGCUCAAAAUGCGUUCUUCCAAGAUGUUUGAGCAGAGUGGCAACCAAGAGCGUCUCGAACAGCUUGAUAUUGACUCGAUCCUUGAGAAUGCUGAAAUCACCAAGACCAAGGUUGACGACAAGAUUAAUCUCAGCACUGGUGGCAUUGACUGGGACAACUUCAUGCAAAUCACCGACGUCAAAGUCGAUGACAUCAAUCUUGAUUGGGAUCAGAUUAUUCCUGCUGAUAAGAUCGCUGAGAUUAAAGCUGAGGAGGAAAAGAAGCAACAUGAAGCCUAUGUUGCCAAGGUAGCAGCCGAGAGCGCACCGCGAAGAGCCGCUGUCAAGAGUCGUAACAGAGAGGAGACUGAUCGCACUGACCGUUUUAAGAAGCGUCAGAAGGAGCAGCGAGACAAGGAGGACGACGACCGUCGAACGUUGCUGGCAGAUCCGAAGCGACCCUUGACUGACAAGGAACAGCGGGGGCUCAUCAAGGCGUACUUCAGAUACGGAUCUAUGGACGAUCGUGGCGAGGAGAUCAUCAAAGACGCCAAACUGAAAGAGAGAGAUAGAGACUACGUGAAGUCUGUUCUCGAUGAGUUUAUCAAAGCUGCUAGUGAAGCUGUUGAUGACAAUUACGCACAGAUGGUUGAGGAAGAGAAGAGACUUGGAAAGAGCCUCACCAAGAAGGAUCGCAAGGCGGUAUUGAUUGAUUUUGGCGACCUCAAGAAGGUGAAUGCCGAGACAGCCAUUGAGCGGCCCAAGCAGCUUCAGCUUCUUCGACAAGCCAUCCGCAGUCACAGUGACUGGCACGCGUUCCGUCUUCCUGAUGCGACAAAGGCUGCAAGCUAUUCGUGCGCUUGGGGCGCCAAGGAAGAUGCCAUGCUCUUGGUUGGCAUCGACAGACAUGGCUUUGGUGCUUGGCCGCAGAUCCGUGAUGACCCCGAUCUGGAUAUGACGGACAAACUCUUCCUUGAAGAGCAUCGUGUCGAGAAGAAGGAGGAGCGCAGUAAGGGCAACGACAAGAUGAAAGCCCCUGGCGCUGUGCACCUCGUCCGCCGCUCAGAGUAUCUGCUCUCUGUCCUGCAGGCUAAGCAUUCAAAUGAUCGAGGUGUGCAACGACUUGUGGAAAACCACCAUCGCAACAACAAGAAGAGCCUGGCGAAUGGACAUCGUGGAAGUGCAACAGCAUCCCCCGCCCCACACAACGGCAAGAAGCCCCGCGACCGCGACAGAGAAAACCUUCAUAGCGACCUCCACCGAUCCCGUGGACAUGGCGACGAGCGCGGUACCCCACGACCUGACUAUAAGCGGAAGCACAUGUCACAUGAGGACAGCCGCAGUCCCAAGCACCGCCGUAUCGAGGAACAUCGUCGAUCCAGCAAGCAUGGAGAGGAUAGAGAUAGGUCAGAGAAGCGCCGCCAUCGGGAUGAUGAAGAUCGUCGUGAUGAACGCCGAGAUGACCGCCGACACGACAAGCAUCGCCUUAGCCAUCGCGACGAUCGCCGGGAUGACCGACGAGAUGACCGUCGUGAUAGUCGUCGUGGUGAUGACCGUCGAGAUGAUCGCCGUGAUGAUCGCCGUGAUGACCGUCGGGAUGACCGUCGGGAUGACCGUCGGGAUGACCGUCGAGGAGAUGAACGCCGCGGGGACGAUCGCCGAGAUGAUCGCCGAGACGACCGUCGUGAGGACCGUCGACCUGACAGACAUCGCGACGACCGUGAGCGUGAGCGCGAGCGCGAAAGACCCCAAGACUCGUACCCUCUUGAUGAGCGCCGAGCCAAGGCUCUCCGACGACUGGACGAGCUUCGCCGCAUUGGCGACAACAAGGACCAAAGGGCACUUGACAACGACGCCCUGAUAUGGUUUCUAUUGAAACCUGUCCGAGAAAACUUUGAGAGAAUCCUCUCUACGACCAAGGACAAUGUGAAGUCCAGUAAGGAGCGAGCAUCCAUUUUUGGAGUUGAGUUGGUCGUCAUCGGCACGUUUCUUGACGAAAAGCUGGCAGCCACUGCUGCUGACGAGGGUCUCAAGAGCAAUUUCUGGGACUUUUUGGCAGCGUUGUGGCCUGUUGAUGACACAAGCAAGAGCGUCACUGGAAAACGACUGAGCAAUAUGUAUCGCACCCUACACUCCCGCAGCAAGGGAUCUGGUUCGACCAAGACCAACGGUGCAUAA